UUUAGACCGUUAGAACUGUGGUCUCUUUUUGUUAAGUUAUAUAAAUUUUAAAGAAAAUAUGGUUAAAACUUUACUUGAAGCUUUUGAAAACAAGCCUAACCCCUUCAACGCACCAAAGUUUGAAGUCGGUUGCACACCAUGCGAACCAAUGAAAGAAACUCAAAUUUCUAGACGAAUUGGAGCUGCCUCAGCUUCUGAUGAGUACAGCUGUGAGUUUGGGUCAACGAAGUAUUACACCAUAUGCGGGUUUGGGGGUAUUUUAAGUUGUGGCCUUACCCAUACUGCACUCGUACCCCUUGAUCUGGUAAAAUGCAGAAUUCAGGUUGACCCACAGAAAUACAAGAACAUUUUCCAUGGGUUCAAAGUUACUUUGGCAGAAGAUGGUGUACGUGGUUUAGCAAAGGGCUGGGCACCGACCUUUAUUGGAUAUUCCAUGCAAGGUCUCUGCAAGUUCGGUCUCUAUGAAGUUUUCAAGAACAUCUACAGUGGAGUUUUGGGUGAAGAAAAAUCUUACUUAUGGAGAACUUCAUUGUACUUGGCUGCCAGUGCAUCAGCAGAAUUCUUUGCUGACAUUGCACUUGCACCUAUGGAAGCUUGCAAAGUAAGAAUCCAGACUCAACCAGGAUUUGCGAACACUUUGAGAGAGGCUUUCCCUAAAAUGAAGGCGGCAGAGGGCAUGUCCGCGUUCUACAAGGGCUUGGUGCCAUUGUGGUUGCGACAGAUCCCUUACACCAUGAUGAAAUUUGCUUGCUUUGAACGUACAGUUGAAGCACUCUACAAGUUUGUUGUUCCUAAGCCCAGAGCCGAUUGCAACAAAACUGAACAGCUUGUUGUUACUUUCGUUGCUGGCUACAUUGCUGGUGUUUUCUGCGCCAUUGUUUCCCACCCCGCAGAUUCCGUUGUGUCUUUGUUGAACAAGGACAGUGGAAGCACUCCAUUGCAGGCACUCAAGAAGCUAGGACCAAAAGGUGUAUGGAAGGGUCUUUUUGCCCGUAUCAUAAUGAUCGGUACAUUGACUGCCCUGCAAUGGUUCAUCUACGACUCAGUGAAGGUUUACUUCAAGCUCCCACGGCCCCCUCCCCCAGAGAUGCCCGCCAGUUUGAAGGCAAAGCUCAACGCUCAAUAAAUAAGAUUACUUUUGAUGUUGGUUUCAAUAUUCCAUUGUGUGCGUCAAGUUUUGGAUCUCUCAUAUUUAUUCUUUUGUUGUAAUAAUAAGUUCACUUUAAGCGCCGUUUUAACAGUGUAGGUAAUUGCCAAGUUUAGAAGGAUACCAAUGCCUCCACUUUUUUGUGGAAGUUUCAAUCAAACGAUAACAUAUACCUGUCUUUCUCUUUCGUGUUCCAAAAAUAAAAACUAAAAGAUUUGGUGUCUUUAAAUUG